AUGACUCGUCGCCAGUCUCUUUGUCUUGGGGGAGAUCGAUAUCUGUGCAAAUCCACCGUCUUUCGGUUUUCCCUCAUCCUUGAAGGAAGAAUUGGUUCUUUGGGGGAGAGGGGAGUUGCAGGAGAAGAAUUGCUUUUUCGCUGCCAAUCUCUAGAAAUAUUGGCAUCUGAGAAGGCUUCAAGCUUCGUGCAGUCAACUGCCUCAGGAUUAAAAACUAUACUGGUUAAAUCUCUCUCUCUCUCUCUCUCUCUCUCUCUCUCUUUCUCUCUCUCUCUCUUUCUUCUGUUUCCGGUACGCGUCAACCAACAUCAGAUCCCGAAGAGAUUCAAGGAGGAAGAAGCAAACAUUAAGAACGACUACAACGACAUCCUCCUUUAUUCUGUUCAUUAUCUAUCUAUCUAUCUAUCUAUCUCAGUUUAUUCAUUUUCUAUCUAUCACAGCCUGUUCAUUUUCUAUCUAUCUAUCUAUCUAUCUAUUUCAGUUUAUUCAUUUUCUAUCUAUCUAUCUAUCUAUCUAUCUAUCUAUCUAUCUAUCUGA